AUGGCGGCAAUGCGAGGACCGCGCAUGCAAGUUGGCUCUGCAACAUGGAUUACCGACGAGCGAAAUGCAGCUUUACAGAUCACUCAAUCGGAGGUCGAUGAGUUCUCGUACUCUGCCCGGAAUGAGCUCGACUGGCUCAACGAGCACAUGGCAGGUAUCUUUAAUGAGAAUCAAACAAAAUUUGCAGAAACAUUCAAAACACCAGCGAAACUUCGCGGGAAGACACCGAGAACCGCCAGAAGAGCAAAUCCUUUGGAGACACGCGUGCCUCUUUCCGAGGUCUUUUCUGCAACUCCAAAUGGAGCUUCGAGCUCCAAAAGCCACCUUCAAUCUCCCGGGGUAUACGAUCAUUCAGCCAAAGGCUCUCCCAGUCCCUUAAGAACAUCCCCAGCUCGCGUCGCAGUUUUCUCACAGAAGCCAAAUGUUCAAGGUAUACAGGACUCUGGCUACUUCGGUAGCCAAGAUGUUGCCCCGGUGAAUAUUCACAUGGACUCAGACAUUGAUGAUGGACAAGCCUCGCUACAAAAAGGCGCUUUGCGCAGCACAACAGUUCCACUAAAGGAAAGCCCCGCAAGCGCUUCCAGUCAACCUCCGCCUAAGGAAACAUUUCGAAGGGCUAAAGAGGGCCAGACAGUACGGGUAUCUGCAGAUGUGUCAAAAAAGAUCAACUCUGAAACACAUCUCAAUCCUCAUCACGAGUUAGAAUACGAAGAUGACGUAUCACCCGAACGACAGUUGAGUUUGGAAGCAAAACAGGGUACAAGAUAUCCUGAUCAUGACGCCCGAUCAGCAUCGGACGGUUCUAGUCCCAUUCGGCCUGUAGUUCGCAAGAGCAGUUUAAAUUUUGCGUCUUUGCCAGCCCGGGAGCCUCUCGCAGCUGGUAAGAACAAUGGUAUCCGAGUCUCCCGAACCAGCCAUCUUGAACACAUCAGGACUAGCUACUACAAUAGACCGACAGGAGGUAAAAGCCUUGGGGGAAAUUUAACAAAGCCGGACCGAGAUCAGGAAAACGAACUGAAGUUGGAUGAUGAAUUUCCUUCGCAUCCUAUGACAAAUCAGGACAACAAGACUUAUACGCAACGGCUCCAAGACCAGAUUAAUAUGCUUGGCCAAUCCCAAGCCAAGUGUGCUCAAAUACAGCCGCAGGCCAAGACUCCUGCUCCUCAAGCGUUUUCUCCGAUUCCCAUAAACACACUUCAAUCCACGCCAGGAGCUUUUCCGGAAGAUGAUGACGACGAUUGGAUUGAGCCACCCACGACGGUGGCAGCGGCACGUGGAGAACGGCCAAACUUGUUAAAAAGCCAUACGGCAGACGUUAUGGAAGACCUUCAGGGCAAAAAGACUGUUAGCCAAACGGAUUUUGCUGUGUCGGAUGAUGACAAUGCCGAGUUCGACAGGCAAUUCAUACAGACGAGUAAAGACGAUGGUGCUGAGCUGACCCAUGGGCAUGCAAAGUCCGCCUCUGUCCCUGUCGUAACUAACAUGCACUCUGCGAUGGAAGGCACUCAACAUUCUAAGAAAGUUGUGUCUGUUUCCAAUCCAAGUCUUCUUACUGUUGCUGAUACCGGUCUUGUUGGCGCGCAACCCAAGUCACCUUCGCGGGGAUUCCGAGAGAGCCCUUUGAAACAAGUUAAGAACAAGCUCUCAUCUAUUCUCAAAAGCUCUCGGGGAUUGCUAGCCAGUAGUGCAGCUAUCAGUGCCGAAGGAAAGUCAUUGAUGUCUCCUUCUUCAACCCGUCUUGGUCUCCAUUCUGUUAUGUCGUCGGAAUCCGUUGUUUCUCAGCAAGGAACUGAUCUUCAAAGCUUGCCGACCAACCAAGACGCAAGCCCCGCGCGACCAACAAGGCGUACGCGAGCUUCUGUUGAGAAAGAGAAAGAAGAGAAGAGGCGCGAAAAGGAAGCCAAAAGGCUGGAGGAGCAAAAUGAAAAACUUGAGAAAGCAAGACAAAAGGAGCGUGAGAAAGCCCGUGUCUUUAGCAAGGAACAGGAUAAAAUUGCUGCCAUGGAGAUGCAAAUUGCAUCUAAGAAGGAAGAUGACCAUUCUGCAGUUCAGGAAACACCCAAAUCUACGAGGACCGGACUGCGGCAUGCAAAAGACGUUGAGGCAGAAACAAUCUCGCUGAAUAGAGAUAUCGAAAUGGAAGAUGCCCCUUCAAUGCCACCGCCAUCUGCGCCUCGCUCUGUUGGGUCAACUCCUGCUACGCGCAACAGGGAAAUCAAGCGACCGAUUGCAAGGGAAACCCAAACUCGACCAAAACAAGCGCCUACUGUCAUUCGAGUUAAUACAGGAUCCCAGCAUUCACAGUAUCGAUUGUCUACUGCACAGCCUGAUGUGUCAAGUCUUUCCACGGGCCAAACACAACAACUUGCAAGUAAAGCCAGCAAGGCAUCGUUGCAACCAAAGCAAUCAACACAGAGUCUAAGAGGUGCUGCAACUGCUGGCCGAGCUCGGGCACAGGAAAUGGCUGCCCGAAAGAAGGAACAAGAAGAAAAAGAAACUCGGAGGAGACGCGACGCGAAGGCUGAGAUGGAACGAAAGAAAGCUGCAGCUCUGGAAGAGCAACGAAGACAGGACCAGCUGAAACGUCAGGAGGCUGAACGUCAAAGAAAACAGCAACACGAACAAGCCGCACUCCUAUCUCAAUCUCAGGCCAAAGGCAAUGCUCAUAGAAAUGCCGCUAUCGAAAAGGCCAAGCAGACGAGGGCGCCACCGCCUGCUGUGCGUUCCCAGCCAAACGGCCCGACAGACGCUGCGAUGGGCCAGGAUAGUCAACCUGCACGCCCGCCCUCUCGAACGACAUCCAAUGCAAACUGGGUUCAGGAUGAGCUUGGUAGGCCGGUGAAUGCGGUCUUGUCUAGCGCGGGCAAUGCUGGUUCGAAACGAAAUUUCGUCCAAGAGAAAGCCGAUGAUAGCCAAGAAAAGCGUCCUCAAUCUCGUGGAGGCCCAGCGUACCAAGCCAACGACGCCAAGCGACGACGAACCAGUGAGGCUUUUGAUGACGGAGCUGAUGCAUCUGGUCAAAAGAACAUCAAGGGACCCCCUGUUCGACCCUCAGCUGGAUUCAAGAAGGAGCUACCCUCCAAGUCCGUUUUUCAGAACGGUUACGCAAAUGCAUCACAUGGUGCUACUCGCGAUCUCUUCAAGGCAACCGUAACUGCUCAGCAUGUCAAUCAAACGAAGGCAUUCCACCCGCUGGAAAUGGCCCAGAUUUCGAAGGGUGCUAUUCCGUUUGCCCCUAACCCGAACGCCGCGGGGCCAGCUUACAAGACCCCCGGCCGACCUGGCCCUGUCAAUGCUGCCAAGUCUGCGGCUAGGUCUGUGCCUAGGUCGUCUCCACGUUUCCAAAACGGCGAAGCAAUUGAAUUGCCUGAAAUACAAACGGAUGACGACAGUGAGGACGAUGAUGCAAAUGGAGUUGUAGUGGCGCCUUGGGCAGAUUCACCAGAGCUAAGAAAAGCCUUGGUUGGCCAGGAGACUAUGGAUCCCUCGCAGAUUUUCGGACCUCCACGACCGCUCAAUAUGGAAGAAGUGUUCAGUAAGAGCAAAGAUAGGUGGCAUAAGUUCCGUGCCAGGACCUCCAGUGCUAACUGGAGCGGGGCGGAUCGACUAACAGAAGAUGACAUUAGAAAGGAUUUGGCAGCACGAGAUAAGCUCAGGCGGGACGGCUUUCGCCGUUGUGCUGGCCUCAGCAGCACUAUUGCGCGGUCCGUCGUCUUGCGCAGCUGGACGGCUACCCCCUUUGCACAGACAAACGUAGCAUCUUUGGCACCAACUCAUGCUACCUUGAAAAGUUUCCCGUACGCUUGCAGAUUCUAUGGCUCUGAAGUCGAAGCCGCAGCUGUUGAGACGAAGCCUGUCGAGGAGACUGUUCCAGGGGACGUCGUCAACUUUGCCGACUUGUCGCACGCUGGAGUCCACAAAAAUCUCCUGGACGCAAUCACCAAGGACAUGCAAUAUGAGGCUAUGACACCGGUCCAGGCCAAAACCAUCACCCCGGCUCUAAAGGGAACAGAUAUCGUUGCCCAAGCCAAGACGGGGACAGGAAAGACCUUGGCUUUCCUUCUCCCCUUGCUUCAGCGUAUGAUCGAAGAAGACCCGACUCUGGCUACAAGACGCGCCUCGAGAAGUGCCAGAUCGGAUGAUAUUCGCGGUAUUGUUCUGUCGCCGACGCGAGAGCUCGCCGAGCAAAUUGCGACCGAAGCUCGUCGCCUGACAAAGUACACUGGCCUGGUCGUUCAAUCAGCUGUCGGAGGCACUCACAAGGCUUCCAUGCUGCGUCAGACGCAGCGUCAAGGAUGCCAUUUGUUGGUUGCUACGCCAGGCCGCUUGAAUGAUUUGCUGCAGGAUCCUCAAAGUGGCAUCGACGCACCAAAUUUGGCCGCUCUUGUUCUAGAUGAAGCCGAUCGCAUGCUCGAUGUGGGUUUCGAAAAGGAACUCGGAGAGAUCACCCGCUGUCUUCCAAACCGCCACGAAAAAACUCGCCAGACCAUGCUGGUUUCGGCUACCAUACCGGACGAUGUCAUUAGACUUGCCCGUACGAUGGUCCGACCCGAUGACUUUGAAUUUGUCCAGACCAUCUCAGAGAAUGAGUCGCUUACCCACGAUCGAGUGCCACAGCAUGUCGUCCCAUUGACUUCAUGGAACAACGUUUUCCCCAGCUUGUUUGAACUCAUCGACCGAGAAUCCGCUAAGACGGCUGAGGAUCGCAGUUUACCCCCUUUCAAGGCCAUUGUUUAUUUUAACACCACUGCCCUCGUUGAAAUGGGGGCCGACCUUGGUUAUCACCGAAGAAGAAACAAACUCAUGAGAAUCCCCACUUUUUCUAUUCAGUCUCAGCUCAGUCAGAACCAGCGGACAAAGGCUGCUGAUAUGUUCCGACAUGCGAGAAGUGGCGUUUUGUUUUCAUCUGAUGUCACUGCUCGUGGAAUGGACUUCCCCAACGUUACGCACGUUAUUCAAGUAGACACCCCCCGCGACCGUGAAUCGUAUAUUCAUCGACUGGGCCGUACAGCUCGACAAAACAAGGGUGGCGAAGGCUGGCUUUUUCUCCCACCGACAUCGAUGGGAAGCGCAAGAAGGCUCUUGCGUGGUCUCCCGCUGCAGCCGAACAAAACGCUGGAGAGUUUCAAUUUUGAUGCAGGGGAAGGUGUCGAGGAACUACCAAAGUACCACCAAGAGACUCGGGAUCUCGCUCAAUCUAUGUCACGAAGCAGGCUAGGCUCUGCUUAUACGUCAAUCUUUGGAAACUCCACUCAGCAACGGGAAGAGCUGGUUGACGACCUGAACCUUUGGGCCACCACUGGAUUGGGAUUGAGCGAACCACCACCGGUCUCACAUGCUUGGGCCCGCAACCAAGGCCUCCUUCAUUCUGGAUUGAACAUCCAGGACAACGCCGCACGCCAAGAUGACGGACCUGGACGCGAUGAACGCAGGGGACCUCGUCGCUUCGACGACUAUAGCUCGUCUGACCCUUUCACUGAAAUGGGGCGUCGUGCUCGGCGAGAUGACGCAGGGUUUGGUCGCGACAACCGUGAUAGGGGAUCAAGAGGCUUCCGAGGGUCGCGAGGGUCGCGAGGGUCCCGAGGGUCCCGAGGGUCUCGAGAAUCCAGCAGAUUCAGAGGAUCUAGGGAGUCUAGGGAAACGUCUUUCUAG